AUGAAUACAUUCAAGAUAUCUUAUUUCAUGGUGGUGCUUAUAAUGGUCUUAGCCAUUGCUCUAACACUAAGCGAACCACAAAGGGUUGAGGCGAAGCACGGAGACAGAUAUGGUCGGGUGAUAGCCGCUACACGAGGGAAAAAAGGUGGGAACCGUCCAAGUGCAUUACUGACAUGUGACAAAAGCCCCAAAGUAUGUCGUCUCAAAGGAAGUUCAGGUCGUGAUUGUUGUCGUAAGAGGUGCGUGGACUUGAGAACCAACAAAUUAAAUUGCGGAAGAUGUGGGAAAAGCUGUCAGUACUCGGAGAUUUGUUGCAAUGGAUAUUGUGUGAACCCGAUGUUUGAUAAAAGACACUGUGGAGGUUGCUUUAAGAAGUGCAAAAAAGGGAGAUCGUGUGCUUAUGGAAUGUGCAACUAUGCAUAA